AUGUCUAACAACCAGUUGGCUAAGUCUACUACGUCAAUGUUACGCAGAAAACUCACCAGCUGGACGUCUCGAGCGGAAGAUCCGCAGCCGUUCUGUGCUUUCCCCGAGACUUUUUGGGAAUACUACCAGGACUCGCUCUCGCGAAACCAUAUAGGAGACACUCACUCUUCAACUCUCGCAAUCAACACCAAGAAGUAUAGUGGCUCACUGCAAGCAGUUACCACAGUAAAGUCAUUCUUUACGGGUGAUCUCCCGCAGCCAUCGACCAGUCAAGUUAUUCUGUUGCUCAAGUCGCCAUUCACCCAGGGGGAUGUGGUCAAGACCUUCAUUUUGAUACGAUACUUCCAGCUCAGUGACAUCGGAUACUUCAUCACUAAUGAUCCGUACGAUCGUAUGGGCUGCCGGAUUGAAUUGGUUGGUGCAGAAAAUUGGGAAAAUGUAAUGUGUUAUCUCGAUGCGUUGUUAUUCUCAAUGUUUGCAAACUUGGAGAGUUUUGAGCCGAUACUUUUUAUUCUGAACCAGCACUCGAACCCGCUUGUCACCCAGCUCUCCGGAUUGCUUCGGGUCUAUGUGAAUUUGCUUCGUCUGGGAAACCUCAUCACCACUGACAUCACCCAACGAAUCUGCGAGUGUUUGAUGAAAUUGGGUUUCAGUGAAGCCUUGAGUCACCGUCAACAGGAUGCAGCGCCACUCUUUGAAUUCCUCACAGAGACCCUUUCCAUGCCGUUGUUGACGUUUCGCGUGGAGAUCCAGCAUUCUGGUAAGCAGGAUAAUGACGACACAAAAUACUCCAAGGAGCGGAUUUUAUUUGUCUCUCUACCGGAUGAUGACGACACUGAGUUGGUGAAGCCAGAACGACACCAUGUAGAGGGAAGUCCACCGGAGCAAUACACCGGUCAAGAGUAUUCUAAAGCUAAGGAAGAGAGUACAGACGAUGCGGUUCUAUUGGAGGAGUGCUUGGAACACUACUUCAACAACUCCAUUUCUGUGAAACGUGAGUUGCAAAGAAGAGCUACUCUCGACAGUACAUCUCGGCCCUUCUUUGGGGGUGAUGUACCUGUGGUCACCGAGGGUGUAGAGUUGAAGGCUGCUGACCUCACGGAUUCAUCGGUGAACCGGUCGGGAAACAGCCGUGCGGACUCGCGCUCUUCGACCCCACAAGUAAGAGUACGAACACGGUCAUCCACGUUGUCAAUCUGGUCGAUUUCCAGCGUGGAGUCCAAGCCACGUGAAGUGAUGCUUCCCGCAUGGAUGCUUUUGCGUCUUUUGCCUUUCUACACAGACGAUAACGACUUAGAUGGAAAUGAGAGUAUUGCCCGCAACUCCAGGGAGUUUGCUAACAGAAGACCCAUCUUGCCCAUCUGUCUUAAGAGAUACUCUUUCUCAGCCGGUAACCACCUGGCCAGCCGUUCCAAAAAGCGUGUCAUCAUUCCGCCUGUCAUAAAUUUACCACUGUUUGUCGCAGAUGAUCAGGAGGAUGCUGGAAAGGAGAAUGCCUACGGAUACAAAUUAAUCUUGGAAAGUGCAGUUUGUCAUCGAGGAACAACCAUUGAAUCUGGACACUUUGUCUCAGCGGUGAGAAAAAAUACCCAUAUAGAAGAUGAAUCGCUCGAUCAGUCACUCAAGGCUUCUUGGUACUUGUAUGACGAUAUGAAGAAGUCUGGCAGGGUGGUCACCAAAAAGUUCCAUGAAAUUUUCGACACCGAAUGGCCCUACAUGCUUUUCUACCGUUUGGUCGCGUGUGAUGGUAAUAUGCGCUCUACAAGUCUGAUUCUGUCUGCUGUAUCUGCAAAUGCUAGUCCUGUGGCUGUCCCAAAAGGCUUCCGGCAGAAAUACUGGCAGGAAGAUGCUUUGUCGACCAUUCCGUCUCACACAGAUGCCACGGAGGCUACGGCGGUCGCUGAUGGCACUUCUGCUAUUUCGAGCACGAUUUCAGUUUCAGAUCUGACUUCCAGGCCGAUUCAACUUAUAAAUUCCACUACAUCUAGCAUUCCGCUACCGGAAAUCCUACCGACAAGUUCUAAGUUCGUGGAUAUUCGGAAGCGUUACCUUUGGUAUGUCAUAGAUAAGGACAAGAACUAUUAUAAAGAGUCAGUGGCUCUUUCCAAGUCAGGAAGUCGCAAUUUGAGUAUCAGUUUCACACCACAGUUCCGCAGAAACAGUCAGUGGAGUGAAUUUUCGAAUAUUAGUGGAUUGGCACUUGAGGAACCCCCUCUCGACCACACGCACAGUGAUCUUGAUAAGGUCAAGAAGAAGUUAGAGACAUUCGAUAACGAGAAAAGUUCGCUGCUAGAUCCGAAGAAGCACGAUAUUGUUGAUGGUGCUGUGUCGCCGGUAGUGUCAGAGAAGAGACACCAUCUACAUCAUAUUUUUAGCCACGACAAGGAGGAUAAAAUUGCAGCGCCAUCACUUUCCAAGAAACAGUACCGCAAGAAGAGAGCAGAGUACAGGAAAGAAAAGUGCUGUAUCACUUAG